CUAAUCUGUUCCCCAUAUCGCUCGUCCUGGCGUGCCUACAUAUCUCUCCGCCUGCGCCGCUGAGAACUCUUUCAACCCUCUUCUGAAACGCAUUUCGUGUUAGAAGGUAAUAUUCACAGAUGACAUUGCUGAAGAGAUAUGUGUUGAGACUCUUCAUAUCAUUGAAAUAUAUCACAGCAAAUGUGGUAGACAGGAACAAUGGACGAAUAGUUGCGACGGCUUCAACAGUUGAACACGCUCUCAAAAACUCACUUGAAUGUGGGCGUUCUUGUAAUGCAAAGGCUGCAGCAGUUGUUGGAGAAGUGCUGGCAAUGAGGCUCAGAGUAGAUGGUCUCGAACAUGGCCAGGGCAGAGGCAUUCAUGUCAAUGUGAACAAGGAAAUCGAGAAGAAAGGCUUCCAGAACCGCACAAAGAUUUGGGCAGUUGUGAAUGCCCUAAAUAACAAUGGGGUUAAGUUGAUUCUCGAGGACGAGGACAACAUUCCUCCUCCUGGCUCCAGCUACAUAGGCCGACAAAGAGACGAUUGCACAAAUCCACACGAUUGACUGGCUAGCUCGUAUCAUGUAAUCAUAUAUGAGAGGAUUGCUCUAAAGGCUACAUCCUGAUAUGUUUCCAUAUAAGGCAUAUCAAUAUGAGAUGAUCUCCUCCUUCUAUGUUGAUGGGGUAUAUGUAAUCAAUAUGAGAUGAUAUCCUUCUUCUAUGUUGAUGGGGUUAUUACAUAUAGGAAUUUUUAUC